CUGCCCUGCUGCAGCUCCCCCAGUGCCCCGAGCGUGGAGCAGCAAGGAGCCUCAGCACCGCAGUCAGGUGCCGACAGACAGACAGGUCAGCCAUCGUGCUGCUGCCCCAGCUGUAACCGCUGCAGCAAAGCUGACCAGAAGCUGCAGUGGCUGGUGCUAUCGGCACUGCCUGAUGACGCGGCUGUUCCGGGUCCUGACUUCUGGGAGGCAGCUUGGAGGGACAUGGCAGAGCUGGUGGAACGGGGCACUUUGUCCUGUUGCAGCUCCCACAGUUCCUGGACCUCUACCAGCAGAAACAAGGACUCCCUUAAUGUGCACCAAGGAGCCUCGACAGAGGUCCCCAUCUGUGCCACUAGACAUGUGCAGACUGACAUGGCCCACACAGAUUCCGGAACACAGCAGAGCUGGUUGCGCUCUUUUCUGCUGCGUGGUGUGGGCUACUUCUGGCGGGAAACAAAACUUGCCCAGACGAAGAAUCAAGGUGGCAAGGCAUCCAGCAGAGCAGUAGGGGGUACCACCAAGUACUGCUUUUCCUGCUGGCGAUCACCAGCAGAGGACUGCGUUUUACAUGAGAACAUCCUCCUCCCAGAUGGACGGCUGCCUCAGAGACCUGAUCUGGUGCCCCCUCCAGAGUGGGCAGUGAAUUCACCAGCACUGCAUAGCAGCUACACAGAGGCUGCGGGAGUGACAACAAGAAGAUCAGCUCCAAUCCGCAGAGAUGUUGGUGUUGGGACUUCUGACAAAGAAGAGAACUGCAAGUGUGUCUGUGGUGCACAGCACAGCACUGAUAUGGGCAGUGCCAAGGAAAGGAGAAGAGCUUAUGAGCUUCAUGCUGGGGCAGUCACACAUGAGAACAUCAUGCGAAUAGAUGCGGCUAUAUGUUGGUGGGAGCAGAAGAAACAACAGCCUGUUGGAUUGUCCAAGCGUCCACCAGAAGUUCCCCAAAAGCACAAGACAUUAAGAGCACUACCAGCAGCACCUUCACGCCUAGCUCUGCAAGGUGACUGCAGAAGUGCAGCCAGUGAGCGUCUGAGCACUGCCCUUGGGGACAGAAGCAAAGAGCAGCCCCUAUGCACCUGCAUGCAGUCAUCUGGGAAAGAGAGACUUCAUCAAGCAAACCAGGGGCAAAGUUGGUGGGACAACAAGGCCCGGAAGCGUUCUACAUUGUCUGUCUCUGCCCUAAUCUUUUGGGAGAGCUGAAUAACAAAAUGAUCAAAAAGAAAUGCAGAAAAGGCAGUUCAGCACAACAUGAGAAAGCUGCACUAGUACGUGCAGUAGCCCUCCAGACAUGCCGGGAAGGAGACAUGGGGCUCCAAAGCAGGCAGAGGUGACAAAAAGCAGCCUCAUAGCAUCUGCUUUGGCUCGCUGCC